CCUGCCUGUCCUAAUUGAGUAUAGAUAGCAAAGAGUGCCCUAUAUAAGGCACCCGAUGGGGUCCGUCCGCGAGUAUGGGGCAGCUAUAUUCAGUCCUGGAUUAGCAGAUGUACUUCUCGUAAAACAAAAUGAGGAUACCGGCUGGUCGUUUCCUUUUACAAGCACGACUGAGAGCAAUGUGCAUGUUGUAGCUGCAGCGUCUGCCGUGAGGCAGCUGCUUGGGAUCGACAUCGGGGACAGAAUUGACAGGUCUUACUGGAUAGAGGUGGAGUACCCCCAAAGCGGCGCGCUGGUUCGCCUGUACGUCGCUCUGGGCGUUCGCCCCGAUUCCGUGACCCCACGUUGCGCGCCCGGAUCCGUUGCCCAGUGGCACCCGCUGCGCAGCAUCCUGCCGCCCGUGAAUGCCAUCCUGCGGGCGGACAGCGCCGCGGCUGCCGCUGCGGAUGAGGACGCGGGCGGGGAGCUGCUGCUAGAGCCGGGAGUGGCGCCCUUCCUGGCAAAGCUGAAGGCGCUACUGGACAAGCACCCCGAGUGGCGCAUCUCCCAGCUGGACCCGCACCUCACCCGCCUCAUACUGGAGGCCAUCACACUCCCACCGCAGCAGCAGCAGCAGCAACAACAACAACAACUCCGGCAGCAGGAGCAACCCCAGCAGCAGCUGCAGGUCGAACCUGCACAACCACAGCAGCAUCAGCAGCAGCAACAGCAGCAGCAACAGCCACCCGCCGAGCAGGCCGCAGACCAGAAGCAAUCCCAGCCGCAGCAAUCCGCGGAGGUUGCCGCAGACGUGCGAGCAGGCGAUGCAUCGCAGCAGCAACCUCAGCAGCAGGAAGAACAACCACAACACCUGCAGGAACCGCAGCAGCAGCAGCAGGAAGAGGAGGUGCCAGAAGGGGUUCGCCAGGAGGGCGCGGACGGGGCCGCACCCUCGCUGCAUGAUGAGGACCCGCCACCGCUAGCUGCCCCCGAGCAGCAGCAGCAGCAGAUUGAGCCCCAGCAGCAGCAGGCCGAGGACGGCUCGGGCCCUGCUGCGGGCGCCCCCCAGGCGGGCAACCCGGGGCUGCUGCCGGCGGGAGUGGUGGUUAAGGAGGAGCAGACAGAUGAGGGCGAGGGGGCGCUGCAGCCCGGGCCGCUGGGGCCGCUGCCGCAGGCUAUGGAUACGGCUCAGGAGGGGCAGCAGCAGCAGGAGGAGCAAACGGAGGCGAAGCAGGAGCAGGCGGAGCAGCAGGGGCAAGCGGGGUGGCAGGAGCAAGCGGAGCAGCAGGGGCAGGAAGGGUGGCAGGAGCAGCAGGAUCAGGAAGAGCGGCAGGAACAGGCAGAGCAGCAGGAGCAGGCGGAGCAGCAGGAGCAAAUGGAGCAGGAACAACAGGAGCAGGAGCCGCAACCAGGUAUGGAUCAGCUGCAAGGGGAAGAAGGAGAGGGGCCAGGGGUGCCUCAGGUUGACGAGGAAGGGUUGGCGGGCGGGGAAGCCAGCCCAGGCGGAGAAGAAGCACCCGCACCAGCAGAAUCCCCAGCAGCAGCAGCAGCGGGGGCGGAGGGAGAGGUCGGUGAGGACGGGGUAGCCACUGGGGACGGUGCUGAGCAGGGCGGGGGCGGUGGAUUGCUGGUGGAUUGCAACAUCAGCGGCGGCGCUGACGGCAACGGAGGUGACCUUGGUGCCGCCGCUGAGGGCGGCGAGGGCGGCAGCGGGUGGCGGGGUCCCCGGCCGCAGGAGCACCUGCUGGAGUGGUGCCGCAUCAACCAGUUCCCCGAUCCUUGCUACAGCCUGGUGGUCAAGAAGUUCGCUCGGCGGCCGCUGGUGACUGCCUCCUGCAUCCUGCCGCACCUGGGGGUGCAGAUCACACCCGACCUGCACGUGCCGGGCGGCAUGGCGGCGGCCUGCCAGGCUGCCGCGCUGGCUGCCAUUCUGUGGCUGGAGGGCGGGCUGCCCGCGGACGGCGGCGAGGUGGUGCGGGUGGUGCCGGUGGGCUGGCCGCCGCUGCUGUCGGAGGCGCGUGGGGAGAGCUGGGAGGCGGCGCAGCGGGCACGCAGGGCGGGUGCGCGGAGGGAGCUGGACUCGGCGCAGAGGGAGGCACUGCUGCGCGAGAUGGACAAGAAGCGGCAGCGGCUGGUGGCGGAGGCUGCGGAGCUGGAGCGACUCAUGGCGGCGCUGCGGGGCGGCCAGAUGAGCGUGGCGGAGACCGACCUAAGCCGCCUCACCGCCUCGCUGGGGCUGGGGCCGCCCGGGGCGGAGGAGGAGGAGGCGGCGGCGCGGACGAGUGCCGCAGCCGACGGGGAUCUUCAUGCAGAGGGAGGGGAGGGUACAGCGGCGGCAGCGGCAGCGGCUGCGGCAGCAGUCGGAGAGGGGUUGGCGGGUCCGGUGACCGUAGGGCUGCGGGCGCUGCAGUUCCGGAGCAGCUCUGGGUCGGGGGCGGGAGCGGGGCCGGGGGGUGGUGGCGGCGGAGGCGGCCGGGGCGGCGGUGGUUGGGCGCCCGGCACCAAGCGGCCUCGUGAGGACGUGCACGCGCCCUGGGGGACCUCCCCCGGGGGCCAGACGAGCUCAGACACGUCUAAGAACAUGGUCAUGGAGCUGAAGGAGCUGUGUGACCGGCGGCACUGGCCGCAGCCGUACUACUGCUACUCGGCGCUGGGGGGCGGCGGGCAAGGGGCGGGCACCGCAGCCACACUCAGCAUGCCGCCGUCCACCGGGCUGGGGGAGGUCAGCAGCGGGCCGCAGACGAACCGCAAGAGGGCCAAGGAGGCGGCAGCGGCUGCAGCCCUCGCAAAGCUGAGCGCCCUGGGGAUUAAGUGAGAUCCCAAGCAGAAAGGCGCUUUCUGCUUGGAAUACCCCUUUACGAGUGUAUGGGCAGCAGCUGUUGGUUAGUACUGUUGUAUUAAACUAGUGAGCUGGAAUCACAGGGCAGCACUUGUGCGGGGCUGGAGGUGGCCGACAUUGGCAAAUAGCGCGACGCAUAGGACGCUGAAGCUGCGUCGUGUGCAGGUGUGUGAAACAUUGUGCUGGCCUGUAAUGUCUGCUUGUGGAACACCUCCAGGCGCUCACAGAACUACAUCGCGAAUUUGUAGGCACCGGGGCUGAUGUUUGAGCAAGGGAAGCAUGAGCUAGUUGCGAGGGUCGCAGGGUUGUCGGCAUGUCACGUAUACCGGUACCUAUCCAAAAGCCGACACCCUGCGAAACUUCGUAUUCUACAAUGCCAAUUAUGCCAGGAUGUGUUACCUAGCAUCAAAGCAACGCAAUACCGGUGCACUAUGUUCGGG